AUGGGCAAUGCUUGUCUCAUAGGACAACUAGACAAUGUGAAAUGGUUGAUAGAGAAUUUUGACAAUGUAUUGUUUGAUAUGAAGGAGGCAAUGAACAAUGCAUGUCGUGGAGGAAAACUAGACACAGUGAAAUGGUGGAUAGAGAAUUUUGACAACAAAGUAUUUCAUCUGAAGGAAGCAAUGGGCCAUGCUUGUCUCGUAGGACAACUAGACACAGUGAAAUGGUUGAUAGAGAAUUUUGACAACAAAGUAUUUGAUAUGAAGGAAGCAAUGGGCCAUGCUUGUCUCAUUGGACAACUAGACAAUGUGAAAUGGUACGGGUUGAUAGCGAAUUUAGGCAAUAAAUUAUUUGAUAUGCAGGAAGCUAUAAAUAGAGCGUGUGGUUCGAAAUACCUUGACCUAGUGGAAAGGUUGAUAAAGAAUUUUGACAAUAAACUAUUUGAUGUAAAGGAAGCAAUGAACAAUGCCUGUGAUUCAGAAAAUCCUGACAUAGUUAAAUGUUUGAUAGAGAAUUUUUACAACAAAUUAUUUGAUAUGAGAGAAGCAAUGAACAAUGCCUAUGGUUUGGUAAAUCUUGACAUAGUGAAAUGGUUGAUAUCAAAUUUUGAUUAUUUGAUAUGA